GUGUGAAGGGCGCACAUAGUUUUUUAGAAUAGGGGAUAACACUUGCCCUGGAUGCGCGCCUGUAUGAAAGCAAAUGGAUUUCGUGUGACGAUUCUGUACGUCAAGCGAAGCGGACCAAGCACUGAAGAAGAGUUGCUAGUACCAUAGCAUGGAAGAGAAAUGUUGUCAAGGAAAGGACUUAUUCCUGAUGACUAUUUGCUGACUCGUUUAGCGGAGGAUGUACUGCAACCAAAAUUCAAAGCAGUACAAAGGAAGGCUCGCUUCGUCGCCAAGAAUGGGACUUGCAACGUAGCCCACACGAACAUUCGCGAACAAGGACGAUUUCUUCAGGACGUCUUUACUACAUUGGUCGAUUUAAAAUGGCUACAUACACUCAUUAUAUUUACAAUGUCCUUUCUCUGCAGUUGGUUUUUGUUUGGCAUGAUCUGGUGGCUUAUAGCUUUCGCGCAUGGGGACCUUGACCAGCCCAAAGACGACUUCGUUCCGUGCGUUACGGACAUCCAUUCGUUCUCCUCCGCCUUCCUUUUCUCCAUCGAGGUUCAGGUGACCAUCGGUUUCGGUGGACGAAUGAUCACCGACGAAUGUGUGUCAGCCAUAAUCAUACUACUUGUUCAGAAUAUUGUGGGGCUGGUUAUCAACGCCAUCAUGCUUGGCUGCAUUUUUAUGAAAACAGCCCAAGCCAAGAGACGUGCGGAGACGUUGAUCUUCAGCAAACAUGCGGUGAUCAGUCUUCGCAAUGACAAGUUGUGCUUCAUGGUACGCAUCGGGGAUCUCCGCAAGAGCAUGAUCAUCAGUGCGACUGUCAGAAUGCAGGUGGUGAGGAGGACUACCACCAACGAGGGAGAGAUAGUUCCUUUGGACCAGAUAGACAUCCACAUGGAUAACCCUAUUGGAACGAAUGGCAUUUUCCUGGUGUCACCACUCGUGAUUUGCCAUGUAAUCGACAAAAACAGUCCUUUGUACGAACUGUCAGCGUUUGACUUACUAAAUGAUAGCAUUGAAAUAAUAGUCGUGCUGGAGGGCGUCGUGGAAACCACGGGCAUCACUACCCAGGCCCGGACGUCUUACCUGUCAGAGGAGAUUUUGUGGGGGAAACGCUUUGUGCCCGCGGUGAAUGAGGAGGAUGGCAUUUAUUCUGUGGACUACUCGAAAUUUGGCAACACAUCUAAAGUACCUACUCCGACAUGCAGUGCGAAACAGCUGGAGGAAGGGGGAGGCAUGGCCCUUUUUAAACUCCGGGAGUCCACUCAUCCCAAGGCGUCUGUAAGGAGACGGCGCGUCAAACAGUCAAGCAUCGGUCAAGACAAUACAACUGAAUUUUCAACGGGCCGAGAGGAGUACCAGCCACAGUCAACUGUCCAAAGUGCAGACCUACACACUCAGGCGGAAAUGUAGGGCGUACGCUACUUGACAAACAGCUUAAUUAUGCAAUAACUAUUUUAUAUUAACGUUUGCACGCGCGUGUCCAACAUACCUUGAAUGCACUAAAGAGAUGAUUCUCUUACAUCCGUCUUCCGAAUGUUUCCCGAAGUCGAACCGUAUGCAUGUAUUCACUUCUCAGGGUACUCUAAAGGACUUUAAAGCACAUUAUGCAAUACCAUGACAUUUAGGAGUCUAGGAGACCACCACAAGCCCUGUGGAGACUAGGUGGUGAUUGCCUUGUUGAUUAUAGAUUUAAAGGAGAGCAUUAAAGGA